GGCUGCUAAAUGCUUGAUCUUGACAGUCGAUACUCAGAUUGAUCAUCAGUAAGAGAAAGAGGAAGAAGAAGAGGAUCUGUCGUCAAUCCUGAAACCGCGGCCUCGCCGUCACGAUUGUCACUCUGGAGGAUGUCAUGCAUAAAAUAUGAGUUGGUUUGAUGCCACAGGGUUUGCCAAUUUGGCAAAAUCUGCCCUAAAGGGAGCACAGAAGACCAUAGAUAAAGCCUUGGACAUUAAAGAAGAGGAUCCAAAGGCAAUUCAGUCACACGUGGACGAAACUAAGGAUUUUUUCGCAAGUUGGGGCCUGCAGAGCGAAGGGGAGAUCAACAAGCAACGGGAUAGCAAUCAACAGAAGCAGCAAAACUCGAGCAGCAUUUGGGGUAGCUUUACAGGUUCGUUCUUCGAGCCUCCAAAGUCUGCAGAUGGGAGUGGUGGUUGGAAGACUAUCAAGCACUCCAAGUCUCUGCAAAGUAGCGUCAGUCAGGAUGAACAGCAACACAGCAGCAUGGUGUCUUCUACUUCUGCCCCUGAAAAACUGGCGGCGACAAAGGACUCGAAAUCUACAAUAAUAAAGAGCGAAUCUGUACAUAAAGAGGAUGAAGGAGAUGAGUCUAGUGUUAUUAGUGAACCUGUAAAUAUUAAUCGUAGCGCGUCUAAGGAAUCUGAUGAUAAAACUGCGUCGGAGUCUUGCGCGUUGUCGGAACAGUCAUCUCUAGACAAUGUCGUUUCAAUUAGUACCGAUAAGAUCGUAACUAAAAGUGCCAGUUUAGACUUGGAGCAGGUAUACUAUGCGCCAACGGUGGAUAACACUGACAGCGAUUCUACGACGAGUAUCGAUGGGGAGGAGGGACGAUGCGAGGUAGAAUCGGAAGGCAAUGAUAUCAAUCGUAUAUCAGGUUCUAUUAAUGUGUUCUAUAAAAUACCUAAUGUUUCUGAUAACGUUAGCGACAAGAAGAGCCUGGAGAGCGUGGAGAUUCUUGGCUCGCAGUCCAACACUGAUUGCACCACUACGCCGGAAUCUGACCUCAACUCCGUUACCAAUUCGCUAAGUCCCUCCGUUGUCGACAUCAAGGUGAAUUCUGAAUCGGUCGAGAUAUUGCCGGACAGUCUGGUGACGUCGCCGAGUUCCGUGGAAAUCCUGGGUGACUGGAAGAGCGACAGUAGUCCUUUUCUGUCUCCAAUAGAUCAAAAAAAUUCAGAGUCAUACCCUAUUCUAGGCGGAGAUGAAUGCGCCACGCCGUGUAUAGACUGUACAAUCGACACGUUACAACUACCGAGAGAUAAAUUUGUGGAGGCCUCGUCAUCCGAUAUCUCUCCGUACGAAUCCCCAAUGGAGGAGGUCAAAACGUUGAGUGUCAGUCCAUAUCCUUACAGUGUUGACAGUACACCAUCACCCAGCAUGUUCUCCAGCCUGGAUACGAAUAAAAGCAGUUUGUCGCACGCGGCGGACAGCUCGAAAACUUCCCCUGAAAGCGUUGAGGUGAUACCGGACGUAGACGAGCCAGACGAGAGUUUGGCUGAAGAUUCUUACACUUCGGCUUCCGAAGGUACAGUCAUGACAGUACUCGAGCCAUUGCAACAAUUGGACACAGUUAAGAAUAAGGAAUUAGCUGAUAUGAGUUUAAAGAUACCUGCGAAGAUGCACGAUUCAUGUCCAGACGAUAGACAAACAUCGACGAAGGUUUCCGUGGAGAGCAAAUUGAACCUGAGUCUUGAUUCGCUGAAGGAGAAACACAAUUUGCAUUUGACGCUCGAGCCAAUUACCACGCAACCGAUUCGCAAAUUAGAUCAUUUGGAGGGAGUAAAUGAGAAACCGGAUAUUUCUACCUUUUCCCAGUUAAUGAGCACCACUAUAGAGCCGCCGGAUCUGGACAGUCAAGUCGAAAGCAUGGAAACAAAGAUGAUCGAGAGUACCGAUCAGUAUUUAAUGUCCACCGAUUCGAGCAGAGAGGGUACCUUGAUUGAGAGUAGUUCCGAGGAUAACGCAACAUUAAUUUGUACAAAUGAUUCCAAAGUCAUGGAGACGCCUUUGACCACUAGUUCUUAUGUAAAGACUAUGCUAGCCGAUGCUAUGGUUGAGAAAGGUGAAGUAAUCGAUAUGGAAACUCAUUGCACAGAAAUACCACGAGAAAAUUCACCUAUAUCAUCAGAAAGUCGUUCCGAUCUAGUAAAAAUUGGAUCCGAUCAAGCCAGUGGACAUACAAGUGGAGAUGAAUUAGAAACUACAACAUCGAGCGACAUUGAGAUAAUAUCUAGUCCUAAUGGAGAUUCAAGUUCGACUCAGUCGCGACAGAGUCCGGCAAAAUUGCAGUUGAGUAAGGGUGGUGAUUUGCUAACAAAAACUUUGAAGACCCGGGGUCAUUCUCGAGAAUUGAGUGAAAUCAGCGUAGGAUCGGAUGAAACAAAUAUGGAAAUUGAGAAACUGUUGAAACGUGUACAGGAAAUGACCGAGAUUUUAGAGGCGAGAGAAUCAAAGUUGAUAGACGUGAGCAGAAUAAAUAUGGAAUUACAUGAACAAAAUGCAAAUUUAAUGAAACAGCUUGAAAAUUUUGAAAAGCACGCGGAGCAAAAUCAAAAUAUAAAUCAAAUCACAGAUGAAUAUACGCAACGUUUGUCGGUGUUAGAGAGAAAGUUUCAGCAAGCGAUAAGGGAACGUGAUCAAUUGAGAAAGAAUUUAGAUCAAUUGAAGUUAGAAGCGGCAUCGCGUUUAUCCUCACAGGAGAUGUUUACUAUAAAUGCUGAGAAAGAUGAAAUCAUAAAGGAACUUCGCGAGGAGGGCGAGAAACUCAGCAAACAACAACUUCAACACAGCAAUAUCAUAAAAAAACUGCGCGUAAAAGAGAAGGAAACUGACGCAACUAUAAAAAGUCAAAAAGAACAAAUAGAAGAACAAAAUACAGAAUUGGAGAGAUUAAAACGAUCGUUGCAUGCAAAGGAGGAGGUAGAACGCAGUCAAAUAGAGGCCGUUCACACUUUGACAGCGAAAACGAAGAAGCAAGAGAAGGAGAUAUUAACGUUACAAGAAAAAUUGGACAAUACGGUACAUAAGAUGGAGGCCUAUAAAAAGAGCUUGGAUGCUGCAAAAGUGGAUUUAACAGAAACAAAGAAGAAGUUGGUGACUACUGAAGAGGAAUUGAAAGAAGCUGUUGAUAAUGCGGGUGAGUCGUGUCAAUUGUUUGCACAAGUGGAGGAUUUAAAAUUGAAAUAUCGUCAAGCCGAGGAAGCUCAUGUCAAAAGAGAAGAAUUUUUCAAGCACGAAAACAACGAAUUACUUAAACGAUUAGAAGCCUCAGAGGCCAGAAGUGAAGAAUUAUCCGAAUCAGUCUCGAUAGCAACAAAGCCUUUACUAAGACAGAUCGAACAGCUUCAAGCGAACUUACUACAUAAGUCUAAUAGCUUUAUGAAGCAAGAGAAGGUUUUAUCGGAAAAAAAUAUCGAGUUACAAUCCAAAAUUGAAAAUUUAAUUGAAAUGGAUCGUCUUCUGAGAGAAGAGAAUGUUAAUCUGAAAUCCAAGGAGUCGCAUUUAGAAUCGAAGCUUAAUGUAAAAGAGAAGGAAAGAUCGAAAUUGCAGGAGUCGCACGAUAAGUUAAAAAACGAAAAUGAAAGAUUGUUAGAACAAAAUAAAGAACACCAAAGUACGAUAAACACUCUCGAGCAGACACAUUCUAGUCAUGUGCAAGAAUUGAAGAGAGAGAUAAACGCUCUGGAAAAUAAAUUAGCCGUGGAGAAAGCGGCGACUGACGCGGAACGAAGAAGAAAUAAUGCGAUAUUAGAACAACAACAAAAUACCGACGAGGAAUCACGAUUUAGUCCUACUCUCAGUAUAGGACAAGAAUCUGUCAGUAGUGCGAAUAGUGGCUGGCCAGGAUUUAGCGAUUCAGUAUUUGAUAAUAAUUCUGGCAGAUUUCCUCCAAUACCAUAUGAAAGCAUCAUAACGAGUUCAAAUAGCACGUCGAUUUUCGAGAACUUGCAAGCACAAUUGAAACAAAGAGAUGGUGAAAUACAACAACUUCAGUGGGAAUUAUCUCGGCGAAACGCGGAGAGGGAUACGCUGAAUUCAGAAUUGGCAACGUUAACUUUGAAGAUCGAGGAUUUGAGUGCAAGUGUCGCGGAAGCGCGGGCACUCAACGAAAGUCUUAGCGAGACACAAACCAGAUAUGACGCACUACUACAAAUGUACGGCGAGAAGGUCGAGGAAAAUCAGGAAUUGCGAAUGGACCUCGAGGACAUUAAGGAGAUGUACAAAAUGCAAAUCGAUCAACUUCUAAAGCGGCAGAAUUAACUUUGCCAGACAAACAGUUUCUACAAACGACUUACGCGCAGCCUAACAACUUCUCUACGAAACUUUAAUUACACACGUACCAUGUCUACAUAAUCAUCUUGUCUAUUUCUAGGAAAACCCAGUUGUAAUAACAAAGUUUUAUAGAGGACUUUAAUAAUACCUGUAGUCUGGCGUAGGAGAUGUAUAUUUAUAUUAUUUAACGCAAACAAAUGCGGAAAAAUUUGUGAUAAAGGAUUUAGAUGACGAUAAAAUUUUGAAAGUCUUCUGUAAAAAUACAUAUAAAUAUAUUUAUUGAAAAUUGAGUAAGAGAGAAAGAUUUAAAAAGUAUCAGAGGUAUCAAACUAAUACGUCUUUUCUUCUUCCGCAAUAUUGUUAUAGUUAUUAUUAUUCCUUGUGUAUUGUUACAUAUGUAUUAUUGUUUCACAUAUUUUAAUUUUAAUUUAAUAUCAGGGAGGAUCAUGUGAUAUUGGAUUGUAUUAUACAACGUUUAAAUAUGAUACAAUAUGUACAAUAUAAUACAAUAUAAUACAAUAUAAUACAAUAUAA